AUGAGACUGGGAGAGGAGGUGACACUUAAUCUGACCAUCGAAGGCCAGGCAGCAUCCCUAAGGGUGGCACCUGAGUCCCAGUCCUCUGGGGGCGAAAGACGAGGGAGCUGGGCACCCCUGACCUGGCCCCCUUCUCUAGACGUGGAGAGGAGGAAGAGCCCCGUGUGCGGCUUUGUGACCCCCCUGCAGGGGCCUGAGGCUGACGCGCAUCGGAAACCGGAGGCUGUGGUCCUGGAAGGAAAUUACUGGAAGCGGCGCAUCGAGGUGGUGAUGCGCGAGUACCACAAGUGGCGCAUCUACUACAAGAAACGGGUCAGUGGGGACCCCGGGGGACGCGCCGGACUUUUCCCCGGCCGGUGCUGGCCCCCGCUCCUCUUGGAAGAGCCCGAGGAGGCGCCCCCGCCCUCCGUUAAGACCCAGGCUGACAAUUUCUUCACCAACUACCGCCCCUCUCAGACAGCCCCGCCUUCAAACUUCCUGGAGCCCCCCAGCUUCAGUCCCAUGGCGGACUCCCUUUUCAGCAGUGGGAUCCUGGGCUCAGAGGUGCCCCCUGCCUCCUCGGGCAUGACCCACCUCUCAGGGCAUAACCACCAGCAGGCUCGGAGCAGCUGCCCUGGCUCCCUGGACUCCAGUGUCUUCCUGAGCUCUGACUUCCUCCUUUCUGAAGACCCCAAGCCUAAACUCCCUCCCUGUCCCACACCCCCACCCCUCCUCCAAUACCCUGCCCCUGCCAAAGGGCCUGGCCUGGAGCCCUGUCCCCUACCCCUCUUCCCUUCCAUGGCUCCGCCCCCUGCAAUGCUGCAAGAAGAGCCUCUCUUCUCUCCCAGAUUCUCCUUCCCAACAGUCCCUCCUGCAUCAGGAGUGUCCCCCCUGCCUGCUCCCACAACCUUCUCACCUACCCCACAGUCUGGCACAGGCCCUGCCCCCACCCACUUCCCCAUGGACCUUCUAUCCUCGGGGUGUCCAGAACCCCCCUUUGGGCCUCACUUCACAAUGCCCCAAGGUGUGCAGCCCAGAGGCAAGCCCCCUACCCCAUCCCCUAGGGAGCGGAAGCCCAGCCCUCGGACCUUGGCCCCUGCCAUUGCUGGGGGCAACAAUUCCUGCCUCACACAGCUCCUCACAGCAGCCAAGCCGGAGCAAGCCCUGGAGCCACCUCUUGUAUCCAACACCCUCCUGCGGCCCCCAAAAUCCCGGGAGACGGUCCCUGAAUUCCCCUGCACCUUCUUUCCCCCGACUCCGGCCCCCACACCACCCCGGCCAUCUCUGGGCCCGGCCACACUGGCCCCUCCCAGGCCCCUGAUUGUCCCCAAAGUAGAGCGGCUGUCACCCCCAGCACCCAGCGGUGGUGAGCGGCGGCUGUCUGGGGAGCUUAACUCCAUGCCAGGCCCAGGGACUAUGAGUGUCCGAGUCUCUCCGCCUCAGCCCAUUCUAAGCCGGGGUCGUCCAGACAAGACUGAAAACCGACGCAUCACACACAUAUCUGCGGAGCAGAAGCGGCGCUUCAAUAUCAAGUUGGGGUUUGACACCCUGCAUGGGCUGGUGAGCACGCUGAGCACCCAGCCCAGCCUCAAGGUGAGCAAAGCAACGACACUGCAGAAGACGGCCGAGUACAUCACCAUGCUGCAGCAGGAGCGGGCGGCCUUGCAGGAGGAGGCCCAGCAGCUACGGGACCAGAUUGAGGAGCUCAAUGCUGCCAUUAACCUAUGCCAGCAGCAGCUGCCGGCCACUGGGGUGCCCAUCACACACCAGCGUUUCGACCAGAUGCGAGACAUGUUUGAUGACUAUGUCCGGGCCCGCACACUGCACAACUGGAAGUUCUGGGUAUUCAGCAUCCUCAUCCGGCCUCUGUUUGAGUCCUUCAACGGGAUGGUGUCCACGGCAAGCUUGCAGAGCCUCCGUCAGACCUCGUUGGCCUGGCUGGACCAGUACUGCUCCCUGCCUGCUCUCCGGCCAACUGUCCUGAACUCUCUCCGCCAGCUGAGCACAUCUACCAGUAUCCUGACGGACCCAGGCUGUAUACCUGAGCAAGCCACACGGGCAGUCACAGAGGGCAGACCGUUAUAGUGCUGACCAGACCCUGCCAUUCACUCAGCUGCCGUGGGGACUACUUUCCCUGGACGUGGGCUCCAGACACAACUCCUGGGCACUCCCUUCCUGCCCCAGGCCCUGCUUGUCCCCUUUCCUGAGAGUUAAGCAGGACCUUAGCCUCUUCCCACCUCCUGGAAGUCAGAAAACACUGAGUUCCAGUGUCUGCUCUGCCAGUGACUACACUGUGACCUAGGGGACUCAUACUCCAUCUGUGGACCUCCAUUUUCCAGUCUGCACAAUGGGGGUGAGGAAGCUUCAACCAGAUGAUGAUCCCAAGGCCUGAGCAGCUGUGACACUUGGGGCCUAAACUGGCAACUCAAGGAACUUAAAGGAGAGAAUGGGAAGAUCCUACUCCUCUGUCACUCCCACCUGCUCCCCAACAGGUAGAGCACAUGCCUCUGCUUCUGAGCAGACAAGCAGAAAAGGGGGUUCUCUCUGUUCCUUCACUGGUAACCUGGGGGCGCUGCAGGAUAGCAUCCCUGGGUGGAUGAAGCCUAGAAGUUCUGGUAUCAGAAGAGCACACAGCAGGGCGGGUGGCCAAGCCAAGGCAGGCAUUGUGUGUGUGUGUGUGUGUGUGUGUGUGUGUGUGUGUGUACGUGUUUUGUAGAGCAUUCUUGACCAAUAAAAACAAACUGUCAGGGAUGGUCAGCGUAUCUUGCUCUGGAAUGGAGAGUCGGU